GUCGGGGUUGCUGUGGAGAUGAGGGACGCGGCUGCGGGAGCGGAGUGAGGGAUAAGGGACGCCGUGCCGGGUUGCGUGACACGGGGUGCCGGACGGGGGACACCGGGAGCCGAGGGAGCAGCUGGAUCUCCCUCAGGGGGGUUUAGGUGAGCAGUGGGUAUGGAUUUGGACAGCGUGUUCUCAGGCUCUUCCCUGCAGAGCCUUGCCAAACUGCUACGUGAUGCUCCAGAGGAGGAUGAUGAUGAUGAUGAUGUGCCACGCUGUUCUGUUGGUGCCAUGACUCCUGGGAGUGUUGGACCAGUCAAAAAGGAGACCACCAGUACUUUUCAAGUGAAAUCUGAAAACAAGAAAACCAUUUGGAAUACAGAGGAGGUCCCAGAAGGAUCUGAAUUUGAUGACACAUGGGACCCUAGAGAAAAACCAGAGUAUGAGAUUUCCUUCAAGCAGCACGUGGGAACAGAGGAUGUGUUCUUUGGGAUGACUGGGAAAGACCCCUCCACUGCCUGCUGUGAAGAUAUAGUGAUUAAAAUCAAGCUGCCAGAGACCAAGUACUCAGACAUCACAUUAGACAUCCAGGACAAGGUUCUUGACCUUCGAACUCCCAAAAACAAGCUGCUGCUGCACCUCCCCUACCCUGUGAACAGCAAGGAGGGCAGAGCUCGUUUUCUCUCUGAAGAGGAGAUCUUGGAAGUCACCUUGAGAGUGUCAAGGAAGUUGGAUUUCAUCAAUUUUUCUGAUGGGUAGAAAGAUAGAGAAAGUUUGCAAAAACUAAUGUUCUAGUUUGAGGGCUUUUGGAAACCCAGCUUGUUCUGAAAUAGUAGAUGGCUUCCCUUGAGCAGUCCAGGGAAAGUGUCUGGAGAAAUGAGUCAGGAGGAGCACAGCACCACAGCUUCUAACAGCUGCUGCUGUCUGACCCUCACACUGCUCUGGUUAACUUUCUGCUUCCUGCAGACUGGAACAGCCCCUGUGAGUCAGAAAGUGGGAGAUUUCAGUUCAAAAGCCACAGAAAGUCUUUGUGUGGUCAUGGCUGAGGUAGCACAGUGAGGCUCAGGACAAUGUUUGUUGCUUUGGUACCAUUCCAAGCCUUGCAAGUGCUACUGGCCUUGCUUGGUGUCCAGUGCUGGAACUGGGGCCAGUUCAGAAUCUUCUCUUGCCUAUUUCUUGGUGAGAAGAUCAUUCUGCAGGGAUCCAUACCCACAUCUGAGGCUCCUUUACACUGGCAGAACAAGUUAACCAGCUAUAGUUGAGUUGCUGAACAUCUCAGCUCUUUUGAACAGGUUUCUGAAAAUUUAUGGUUCAGUGUUGUCUAGUCAUCUGCUGUCCCUGCACCUAUUUCUCUGAUCUUUCUUGAUUAAUAAAAUAAUAGGUUCUAAGGAACAGUUCCAGUUAUCUUUGAGUCUGCCUUCUCUAUAUUAUGCUCUGAGAUAAGAGGAAUUUUGCAUAACAAAGGUUUUCUCACAGGACUGAAAUGCUGCAAAAUCUGUUCUUUGGCCUUCAGGUCCAAUCUGGAGAUGCAGAGUUGGGUAACUCUGUAUCCAGAGUUACAGUAGCUGCUGGGCAAAUAUAUUAAUUUAAUGUUGUUAGUCCUGCAGGAAGCAAAGGUACUUGCUCAGUGAUCAAAGUGGAAGAGAGAAGCAGGUCCAUGUUAAUGGCACACUUAACCAAAACCCUGUGAGUACUUUCAGAGCAAAAUGGCUUUGAGUCCUGCAUUCUUCUGGGGUGGAAAUAGAGGAAAAUAAUUGACCAGCUAGGCUGCAGACAGCACCCAUGCAGCUAAACUUGUGGCAGGCUGUAAUGAGAAGAUGGAAACUCCAUGAUGGACUGCAGACACUGACAGUGAGUUUAAAGGUGCAGUCACUGUAUGUUUGUAAUCCACUACAAUAUAACUCCAGGACAAAUUGGGCUGAUGUCUGGACAUUUCAACCCCUUCCCUGAAAAGUGAACCAUUGCUUGGGUCAGAAUAAUCCUAAUCAACUUCUGCUGUAGCCUUAAUGCACUGGAAAGCAGAUA